CUGUUCGAUUUGAGGACCGCCAGUUUCCAUACGGAACUCUUUUCCUCCGGCCGGAAGUUGUCAUUCUGCCGUCUGAAGAUGGCGGAGUACGUGCGGGUGUUUCGGCGAGCUGUGGAGCAGUUACGAGGUCAUGGAGGGUUGCGGGGAACCUUGCUGCAGUUCUUCAGAGUAAAUGACCUAAAAACUGGCGCCCUUGUUGGAACAGACAAAUAUGGCAACAAGUAUUAUGAAGAUAAAUAUUAUUUCUUUGGCCGACAUAGAUGGGUUAUAUAUACAAUGGAGAUGAAUGGGAAAAGGACGGUCUGGGAGGUCGAUGGCAGCAUGGUACCGCCAGAAUGGCACCGCUGGCUUCACUGCAUGACUGAAGAACCACCUUCUACCCAUCCUCCUGUGCCACGCAAGUUUAUCUGGGAAAAUCAUAAAUUUAACCAAAGUGGCAGUUCGGGUCAGUAUGUGCCAUUUUCAACAACCCGCAAGAAAAUCCAGGCAUGGGAACCGCCAAAAGUGUCCAGUAAUUAAAAGUGAUGCACAUCAUGCCAGAAAAAACAGUCUGGUUGUAAAUUAUUCCAAUUCUCCUUUUAUUUCUAUAGUCUGAAAUUAAAAAAACAUUGAAAUAUUCAA